AUGUCUGUCCCUACCGCCAACUUGGCCUCUUUCAAGAUCCCCUCAGUCACCAAUGAGCCUAUGAAAUCGUACGCUCCUGGCUCUGCUGAGCGUGCUGCCCUCCAGGUUGCCUUGAAGGAGCUCCGUGCCCAGGCUCCCCUCGACAUCCCCUGUGUUGUCAACGGCGAGGAGAUCCGCACUGGAAUCAUGGAGAAGCAGGUUUUCCCCCACGAGCACAAGACCGUUCUCUGCAACUACCACAAUGCCGAUGAGGCCCUUGUCGCCAAGGCCAUCGACGGUGCCUUGGCUGCCAAGCAGGACUGGGAGAACACCCCCUUCAACGACCGUGCUGCCAUCUUCUUGAAGGCUGCCGACCUCGCUGCCACCAAGUACAGAUACAAGAUCAUGGCUGCCACCAUGCUCGGUCAGGGUAAGAACGCCUGGCAGGCCGAGAUCGACUCUGCUGCCGAGAUGAUCGAUUUCUGGCGCUUCGGUGUCAAGUUCGCUGAGGAGCUCUACUCUGUCCAGCCCCCCCAGAACAGCACCGGCACCUGGAACCGUACCGAGUACCGCCCCUUGGAGGGAUUCGUCUUUGCCGUCUCGCCCUUCAACUUCACCGCCAUCGGUGGUAACCUUGCUGGUGCCCCCGUCUUGAUGGGUAACGUCUGCGUCUGGAAGCCCGCCCCUGCUGCCACCUAUGCCUCGUACGUCGUCUACGAGAUCAUGCGUGAGGCUGGUCUCCCCGCUGGUGUCAUCCAGUUCAUUCCCGGCCCCGCCCCCGAGGUCGUCUCCCAGGUCUUGAAGCACCCCGAGUUUGCUGCCCUCCACUUCACCGGUUCGACCCACGUCUUCCGCAAGCUCUGGAAGGACAUUGGUAACAACAUCGAGAACUACAAGUCGUACCCCCGCAUUGUCGGAGAGACCGGAGGCAAGAACUUCCACAUGGUCCACAAGACCGGUAACGCCACCUCGGUCGUCUACAACACCAUCCGCUCUUCAUUCGAGUACCAGGGACAGAAGUGCUCUGCCUGCUCGCGCUGCUACUUCCCUGAUAACCUCUGGCCCGAGAUCAAGGAGGGUCUCAUUGCUGCCCACGCCCGCAUCCAGUCUGGCCCUGUUGAGGACUUCAAGAACUUCGCCGGCCCCGUCAUCAACCAGUUCUCGUUCGACAAGAUCAAGUCUUACAUCGACUGGGCCAAGUCCGACCCCGAGUCUGAGAUCAUUGCCGGAGGCAACUACGACGACUCUGUCGGAUACUUCAUCCAGCCCACCAUCAUCGUCACCACCAACCCCAAGUCGCGCACCAUGACUGAGGAGAUCUUUGGACCCGUCGUCACCAUCUACGUCUACAAGGCCGAGGAGUACGAGAAGACCUUGGACUUGGUCGCCAACUCGUCUGCCUAUGCCUUGACCGGUGCCCUCUUCUCCCAGGACCGCUAUGCUACCGUCUUGGGCGCCAACAAGCUCCGCAACGCUGCCGGAAACUUCUACAUCAACGACAAGUGCACCGGUGCCGUCGUCGGUCAGCAGCCUUUCGGUGGUGGACGUGCCUCCGGCACCAACGACAAGGCUGGAUCUGCCGCCAUCUUGUCCCGCUUCGUCUCCCCCCGUUCCAUCAAGGAGUCCUUUGUCGACCUCGAGGAUUUCAUCUACCCCUCCAACUUGGUCUAA